AUAAUCUCAUCAUCUUCACAAGAACCGCAGUAAUUAGUUUGGAAACCCCAUUAAAGGGUUUAACCCUUUAAGGUUUUGCAGCCUCCAAAGGGAGACAGACCUGACGCGUCUCGCACGCGCGCGCGCACUUCCCACUUUACUUCACCUCACCAACCCACCAACUCAUCACAAUCUCACUCAACGCCCCUUGACUUGACGACUUUGUCUGCGUGCGAGAACUGCAGUUGCUUUUUCUUUUGUUAUUGAGCUGGCUUCUUUGAAUGGAGGUAUUACAAGUCGGCGACCGCGCGGUAUACAGAAUGCAGUCGCCAGGAGCAAUAGACACGACCGCCGACGCGUCGACCCCGCCGCCGUCGGCGCACUCGGCCACCGCUGAAUCGAUCCAGAGUACGCCUCAGAGUCAGACAAAGCCGCCGUUGAGCGAGACGACGAAUACGGCGGCGAAUAGAUCGCAGACGGAGACGCCGAAGAAAAGUAAGGAGCGGGAGGCGGCGGGGGAGGAUGUGGAUAUGUUGUCGUCGCCGCUUUCGACUAUUGAUGGAUCUACGACGCCCGCGCCGGAAGGUGAUGAUGGCGGUGAUAGUAAGGAGAAGAAGCGGAAGCGGUCGUCGAAGUUGAGUGCGGAUGAGAUAGCUGCGCGCGAGGAACAGCGGCGAAAGAAAGCGGAGGAGGUGGAGAAGCGGAAGGCGGCGAAGGAUGCGGAGAAGGAGGAGAAGAGGAAGAUGAGAGAGGAAGACCGGAGGAAGAAGGAGGAGGAGAAGAAAGCGAAGGAUGAGGAGAAGCGGAAGAAGGAGGAAGAGAGGAAGAAGAAGGAGGAAGAGAGGAAGAAGAAGGAAGAAGAGAAGAAGAGGAAAGAGGAGGAGAAGGAAGAGGAAAGGAAAAAGAAGGAGGAAGAGAAGAAGAAGAGGGAAGAGGAGAAAGAGGAGAGGAAGCGGAAAGAGGAAGAAGAGAAGCGGAAGAAAGAAGAGAAGCAACUUCGAUUAUCGAGCUUUUUCAAAAAGCCGCGUUCACCGUCAAAGCCGUCUGCAUCAUCAUCACCAUCAACAACAACAACCACAGCCACAGCAGCAGCAUCAGCAGAUCCCGCUAUCAAUCCCGAUUCAAUCUCACAAACAACUCCUGCCACCGCAGAAGAGACAAAGUCCGACUACGAGCAAACGUUCCUUCCGUUCUUUGUAAAGUCAUGGGCGACAUUAUACCCCGCCACCAAAUUCGCGUUCAGCGAACCCGCGCUCAAAGAUAUCCGUCAACGACUCGAUUCCGCGUUUGCAUCUACGUCUAGCUCUGAUCUGACUAUCCCAGAGAAAGCCGCGACCCCGCCCAACUUUGCAGAGCUGUUGCAACUCCCUUCACGACGACCUGCAAAGCGCGGCAUCCGUCCGGAGCGAACUACGAAAGAAGUCGUGACGCUCUUCGGAGCGCUGGAUGGACCGAUUACUACCUCGGUCAGCUCGCUUUCCGAAGACGAGGUGCGCGAGAUGCUCAACUCUCUUCCGCGAAAGUUUCUGCGGUUCUGCGAGGAUCUGCGUCCACCACUGUCGACUACUUUCACAAAGUCUCGCAAAGUACCGAGGAACAACCCGUUCUUUAGAGACGAGAGGAUCAACUACGACUACGACUCUGAGUUGGAGUGGAACGAGGAAGAGGAUGGUGAACCGGGCGAGGAUCUGGAUAUGCCCGACAGCGACGACGAGGAAGAUACGUUGAUUGACGAGGAAAUGAAAGAUUUUCUUGUCGCGGACAAUGACGAAGAGGUCGGAGGCGAGAACGCCUCGACGUCGCGGCGACGGAUUUUGGCACCAUUGGUUCCGUUCUAUAAGGGCGUUUGCUUCACUGAUCUGGAGACGGGCAAGAAUGAAGUAUUUGAUGAGACGGGGAUGGGGAUUGCGACUAUACAGCCAAAUAUCACGCUGCCUAUCGAUCCUUUUAAGGAUUAUUGGACGAUCCAGAAAGAGGAGAAGAAGGCUGAGAAGAAGGCUGAGAAGAAGGUUGAGAAGAAGGCUGAGAAGAGGGCUGAGAAGAAGGCCGAAAAGGCUGAGAAGAAAGCCGACAAGAAAGUCAACAAGAAAUCCGAAAAGAAGGCAGACAAGAAGUCAGACAAGAAGGAGUCUGCUACCUCUGGAGGAGUCCAAAAGCUGCUUUUCGUCGAGAAAAAGUCCCCAGCGGCAACUGUCGGCCAAAAGCUGCUAUCUACGGAUCCCAUUGUGCUCGACUAGAAAUUUUGACUCGGCAUUCCUUUCUUGCUUGGCGUUUUCUUUUUUUUUCGUUUCUGUUUUCAUUGUGAGCAGGA